GGCGGGCGCCGGGCCCCCAGGAGGAGCUACAGGUCUCGGGCCCUCAGGCGGAGCUGCGGGCGCCUUGCCCCCAGGUGGAGCAACAAGUCUCGGGCCCUCAGGCGGAGCUGCGGGCGCCUUCCCUCCAGGCGGAGUGACAGGUCUCACGGGCCCUCAGGCGGAGCGGCGGGCUAUGCCGGACCCCACAGGUGGAGCGACAGGUCUCGGGCCCCAGGCGGAGCGACAGGCGGAGCGACAGGUCUCGGGCCCCCAGGCGGAGCGACAGGUCUCGGUCACCUGGUAGACAGCGGGCACUGGGUCACCAGGCAUCAGGUCAUUUGGCUCGCCAGCGGGCACCACGUCAUCUGGCAAGUUAGUGGGGACUCGAGUCACCAGGUACACAGCGGGUCUGAGUCAAUUAACAAACGACAGCGGGCACCGGGUCAUCGCCAAAAUACGGAUUGUCUGGCUCGACCGCGGGUAUCCACUCACCAGCUAUGACAGCGGGCAUCAUAGGUCAUC